CGCAACCAGCAACCACGCAUCACUAACCAACGUGAUAACAGGGAAUAUUUAGUCUGAUAAGGUCGCAACUAGCUUGAAAUGGCUUGUGUUCAAACAAGAAAGAUUCUAAGCCUUUGGCUAAGAUUUGCAAUUUUUCCAUUCGUUGCUUUUGCUGAUCCACAAUUGGACUUACCGCCUUUAUCCAGUACCCAGAGGAAUCCUUACGGUUUCGGAAUAUCCACCACGCAGUCUAACAUAGGGAGUAACUUUGACAGAAAUAGGAACUUUCAAUUCAGCACUGCUCGGCCUCAAAGCGCAACGGGAUAUCCGUCCACCACUUUAAGCGGGAUCACUCCAGUGAUAAGUAAUAAUGGAUAUCCUAGCGUCAACUAUGGUAGCGGUCCUAGCUCAACUCUUCGGCCAUUUGACGAGAGAAAUAGGGAUGACCGGAUAGAUAUCAACAGUGAUCCCAACUUCCGUCGGAAUGAACCUAAUUUCGUGCGUAACGACCCUAAUUUCGUUGGGACAAAUCCAUUCGACAUUAACAGGAAUCUCAACACAAAUAGCAUAGAUAAUAGGAUAAGCCAAGUGAGUCUCCAUCAAAUCAAAGACUUCCUGAAACAGGCUGAUGAACAAGCAUCAAAGGAGUGCACGAACAAUGUUGCAGCGCAGUGGAAUUUCGAGACUGAUGUCAAUGAUGCAACUCAACAUGCUGCACUUGACGCACAACAAAGGUACACGUUAUUCCAACGUGGCCUAUGGGAAGUUGCUCAACAGCUUCCCCGAGUUGGAAUCAGAGACUUCUCCACCUUCAGGCAGCUCCGACUUCUCUCUAUCAUCGGCCCAGCUGCUCUACCACCAGACCAGCUAGACAGGUACAACCGUAUAAUAAACGACAUGUUGGCGGUUUACAACACAGCUGAGAUCUGCGCUUACAAUGAGCCCUUCAAGUGUGGACUUCACUUGAAUCCCGACUUGCAGUUCAUCAUGUCGCACUCUAGAGAUUGGGAUGAGCUGCAACAUGCCUGGACCGAGUGGAGAAGGAACACGGGAAGGCGGAUUAGAGAUUUGUAUGAACAGCUUGUAGAUUUGACCAAUCAGGCUGCGAGAUUAAAUAACUUCACUGAUGCAUCGGCUUACUGGAUGUUCCCCUACGACUCAUUUAAUAUGAGACAAGAAGUAGAUGAAGUUUGGGAACAGGUUAAGCCUCUAUACGAGUUACUCCAUGCCUACGUGCGCAGGCGCCUGCGUGAAGCAUAUGGCCCUGAAAGAAUAUCUCGUUCAGCUCCAAUCCCCGCUCAUGUGCUUGGAGACAUGUGGGGACAAAGUUGGAGUGGAAUUGCCCAAUUAACUCUGCCCUAUCCGGGAAAGAAACAGAUUGACGUCACACCGGAAAUGAUUCGACAGGGCUUCACACCGUUAACAACAUUCCAACUAGCUGAGGAGUUCUUCGUUUCAAUGAACAUGUCAGCUCUACCUCCUGACUUCUGGGCUCUAAGUGUACUUGAACAACCAGCUGAUAGACAAAUACAUUGCCAGCCUUCUGCCUGGGACUUUUGUAAUCGACACGAUUACCGAAUCAAAAUGUGCACACACCCAGAUAUGAAGGAUCUCAUCACCGCUCAUCAUGAAAUGGCGCACAUAGAAUAUUUCUUGUCCUACAGAAACCUUCCAAAAGUGUUCAGAGAUGGCGCUAACCCGGGUUUCCACGAGGCCAUUGGUGAAACAAUAGCUCUAUCGGUAUCCUCACCUCGGCACCUUCAGACUUUGGGUCUGGUCCAGCGGUCUAUUGAUGACACAGCUCACGACACCAACUACUUAUUUACCCAAGCUAUGGAUAAACUGGCUUUCCUUCCUUUCGCCCUUGUCAUGGAUCGUUGGAGAUGGGACGUAUUUACAGGAGACGUCAGAAAGGAGCAAUACAAUUGUCAUUGGUGGAGAUUGAGGGAACAAUAUCAAGGUGUGAAACCACCUGUUCUUCGUUCAGAGCUUGACUUCGAUCCCGGUUCCAAAUACCACAUUCCAGCCAACAUUCCGUACAUAAGGUAUUUCGUCAGUACAAUCCUGCAAUUCCAAAUCCACCGAGCACUUUGUGAGAGGACUGGACAGUACAUCCCUGGAGACCCCACUAGGCCUCUACACAAAUGCGACAUCUACAGGAACCCGGAGGCUGGGAGGAUUUUAACUCGUUUAAUGGAACGCGGUGCUUCAGCACCCUGGAGUCAGGUACUGCAAGAGUCGAUGGGGGAAGCAAGAUUGAAUGGAGAUGCGCUACGAGACUACUUCAGACCCUUGGAAGACUGGCUGAGGAGUGAAAACCUUCGGACUGGAGAGUAUUUGGGAUGGAGCUACGAUGGGGACUACUGCAAGUUUAGCAUCGAAACUGCUGGUUUGCAAGUAUACGGUGGAUUCUACAAUGCAGCGAGCAGACACUUCGACAUAAACAGUUUCCUUACCAUUCUCUUAACUUCUAUGUUAGCAACAAUCAUUGGCUUAAGAAUUAGAUGAAUAUUGACCGAAAUCCCCCUUGUAUAAAUAAUAUUUUAAUUCAAUUAAAUAAAAAUCUAUAUUAUUACACGUGACAUAAAAAAAAUAUAUAUUUAACUUUGUAUAUACAUAUAUAGAUUCUUUUAUAAGAGCUAAUU